UAAGCUUACUACGCUCGCUGCGCUAGUGAGGCAUUAAGAAUUCCCCACACUCAGUCUUCACCGGAGCCCUCUGGUGAUUGCUUUUGUUCUGGCCAUAUCUGUUUCGUCGAAAAUACGGGAAACCAAGAGAACCAUUUUCGUGUGAAGAUGAAGAAGGCUGAACAGGCAUAAAUCUUUAAGGAUCAUUCUUAAAAUUCAAUCGAUAUUAGAAUAAAACAGAAAAAGAUAAAAAUAAUCUGAUUAGGCGACUUCAAUUUUCAAUUCACAAAUCGUCUUUAAUACAAAAUAAAGUUUGAUACAGGUUUUAAGCAUUAGUGAGAGAAAGACACUAAACCGACCCAAAUUAGGCGUAAACAAACCGAUGCAUGUGAAGAAAGAGUGAACUAGCGAGGUGGCUAAGGUGAAUGCUAAUUGCUAGUCGAUGCAAUCUUUCUUUGAGUUCGUCGUUCUUUGUGCAUUGUUGUCAACUCCUUUCUAACUUUCGCAUUAACAUGGACGUGAAUAUACGUUGUCUCGCGAUAAUUACUUACAAUAAUUGAUACCUAAUCGGAUCUCAUCGACUCCGUCAUCGUGUUCUCCACUCCGUGCCUCCUUAUUGCUCAUUGUUCUGGGCAUUUAACCAAUAUGUCAGAUGUUAAGAGCCUCGAACAUCCGACACUUAAGGUUCCAUAUGAGCUUCUGAACAAAAAGUUUCGUUCUGCUCAGAAAACUCUUGAUAGAGAAGUGUCGCAUGUUCAGGCAGUAUCUAAUGAACUUGAGAAAAGUUUAAAGACUGAUGGAACUUAUGUAGCAAGUGGUGAAAUUAGCAAAUUGCUCGGUGGUGUAGUCGCUAGGCUUCAAGUUUUAAAGCGUAAAGCUCAAGAGUCCAUAGCUGAGGAAUUGCAAGCAGGCAUGGUGUGCAAAAGAAGAUUAGAUCAUUUAAAGGAUCAUGCUAAUACCUCUUCCAGUGCUGUGAAUCAAUGGAGACGACAGAGAUUAGACAGAAUGCUUGUAGAAUAUUUUCUUCGCAAGGGAUACUACAAAACGGCUACUAAAUUGGCAGACAGUAGCGAACUUAGAGAUCUAACAAAUAUUGAUGUAUUUAUGGUAUCGAGGGAAGUGGAAAAAUCUUUAGCCAAUCAUGAAAGUGCGAGAUGCAUCGGUUGGUGUCAUGAUAAUCGUUCGAAGUUAAGAAAACUAGGCAGCACUAUGGAAUUCAAUUUACGCGUGCAAGAAUUUAUCGAAUUAGUGCGAACCGACAGGCGGCUUGAUGCGGUGAAGCAUGCUCGCAAGUACUUCGCCAACUACGACGAUUAUCAGCUGCAGGAGAUUCAGUGCUGCAUGGGCCAGUUGGCCUUCCCGGCUCACGCAUACUUGAGUCCCUAUAAGGAUUUACUGGAUGAAAAGAGAUGGGACAAAUUGAUCGAGACAUUUCGACAGGAAAAUUACAGAUUGUUUCAGUUAGCGAGCCAGAGCGUAUUCACGGUAGCUCUGCAAGCUGGCUUGUCGGCUCUUAAAACUCCCCAAUGUUACAGCGCGAAUAAAGAAGGUCGAAAUCCUAGCUGUCCAGUUUGCAACGAAGCGUUAAAUGAAUUAGCCGCACCAUUGCCUUUCGCUCAUUGUUCGCAAUCGCGACUUGUUUGUAGUAUAAGUGGAAAACCACUAAACGAAUACAAUCAGCCUAUGAUGAUGCCGAAUGGAUAUGUGUAUGGUGAACAAGCAUUGGAAAAAAUGGCUCAAGAAAAUAAUGGCACUGUGAUCUGCCCAAAGACCAAAGAAGUAUUUCCAUAUAAAAAAAUUGAAAAGGUUUACGUAAUGUAAACUCUCGCAUUGACACAAAGUAUAUAUAUAUAUAUGUUGUACUAUAUGCUUGACGCUUAUGCCUCUCUUUGCUCCAAUACUUCUGUUAUUUAAAUAAUAAUUGUAUACUAUACUAAUAAUACUGGAAUGAAAUAACAUCUAUUUUUAAGGAAAA